AUGCCACUCCUUCGACCACGUCGACUGCGUGCUGUGCAAGAGAAUCUCUCUGACCCUGAUACUGACUUCAAUCCAAGAUCAACACGGCAGACUCGUUCCAGAACUGGCCCAUCAUCUGUUACUGUCCUGCGAUCUAGGCCUAACCCAUCUGAAGAUCGCCGCCAAUCUCUCCGAUUGAGGGUAAAUAUGUCCGCAAGCAAAUUGCGAGAGGGUACAGGAGCCCGAUCCCGCCGCUCCGUGAACGUCUUCCAGGAAAACCCAAUCGUCUCCGGGCCACGUACGAGUCGCACCAGAAAGAGGCUUGUGGAGGUCCAAACUUCUGAUGAAGAGGAAGCCGAAGACCCAGAAGAGGAUGACGACGAGGAUGCUCCUGGAGAAGAAGAUGAAGAUGCAGAUGCGGACGGCGAUGUCGACAUGGAUGAAGCUCCGCCUCCACCUGCAAAGCGAAACGCACGAGCGGCUGCUGUUUCAGCCCGCGGUAAAUCCGCAAAAAGCGUCGAAGAAAAAGAAAUGGAGCUAGAAGAGGACGAGGAGGAGGAAGACGAGGAGGAAGUAGAAGAAGAGGAGGAACCUCUUUCAGCUUCGGACUCUGAUGCGUCAGGAGAGCCUGAUGAUCAGGAUGAGAGUGCCGUUCCUGAUAUCAAUGUUGACGAUCUCGACGAAGAAGACGACGAUGACUUGGAUGACGACAUGGACAGUGAUGCCAUGGGUGGCAAGCAAACUAAGCGCCAGCGAGGAAACCUGGGCAAUGAUUUUUUGCAACUCCCGAUGGAACCCCAGGUCAAGAAGCACCUCACUGCGGAAGAGCGAGCCAUGCGCCGGGCUGAGAUGGCUCGACGACGAAAGAACCUGAGUGAAAAGCGAAAUGAGGAAGAAAAGAUGGACACUAUCAACCGUCUCCUCAGAAAGCAGCCUCCCAAACGCCGUGGCCGGGGAGCUGCCGUUGAAGCCACCGAGUCCACCCCGGCAGAGCAAGAGGGCGCCGAACCUGAAAAGGCAGACCCCACUAUGGCUCGUUGGGUUAGCAGUAAUCAGGGCUGCAAGGUUGGUGUGCCAGAGGAAUGGCUCGGGACGCCAACCGGCCGGGUCUUCGGCGAGGCCCUUGCAAAUGGCAGUAACAAAUUGGUGGAGGAACUCUGA